UAGAAUUUUUCCUGCCACAUCCUACCAUUAUAAUAACUAUUAUUUAUGUUUUUUGCCAUUAUUUAACCUUAGAAAGUUUUAUCUUAAAAGAUAAAAUUAACUUUAUAUUGUUUUCAUUUCAAGCCUGUGCCAAGCGGAUUCACUCACUUGGGUUCUUCAUGGAAUAUAUCAUCACAAUGCAAAGUUGAAGCAUUAAUUUACAAACUUAGUGAAACCUCAGCAAAUGAUCUCAUAUAGAAUAGAACAUUAGAUAAUUAUAAAUAGCUGAUUGCAUCAUAAGAUAAGUAGCCUAAAAUGAAGUAGAUAAAGUGGGACUUUCCACUCGUGAAAAUACCCACAUUCAUACCUAACAAUGGACUCCCCUAGUUUCACAUCCCAAAUUGAAACAGGUAUACAACAUAUGUCAGAGUCUGUGUUUGUGGGACUGUGUCGUACAGUGGGGACCUCACAACAGGUGACAAUGUGGAGAGAUUUGAUAGACAUUACGCAGACAGUAACAACAGUGAUGUAUAGUGGAAGUUACAGAGAAAGGUUCAGAAUGAAGGGAUCGGAUGUGGAUGGCAUGUUUUGGGUUAACAACAAGCAAGUGAUCUGGAUGCUUCUGGUGAACCCUGGAUCAAAAGAUGAUUGAUGCAGCUCACAAGAAUUUUUCUAUAGUCCAUAAGAAUUUUCAAAUCCUUGCAAAAAAAUAAUAAAUAAAUGUGAGACCUGAAUAAACAAACAGAUGGCAUCUCACCUUUCUGAAAUGUUCAACAGCUCUGGGUUAGCCAUUGAACAACGUUAAAAUCCCCGACUAGAGGGAGAGUCAGAUAAAGUACCUAAUACCAAGCUGAAUUAGCCACUGAUAUCUAAUACUGUCCUUGUGGCAGACUUUCCCCAUCACAACAACACAACAGUUACACCUGCCAAAGCAGGCCAGCUCAUAGUGUCAUUCCUUUCAACAGAGCGGGAUGUGGUUUCUAUUUAUAGUUCACUUCAAAACACACAUAUUGUUGUUAUUGUCAAAUGUUUAUUAUCUGGAGAAUUUUCAUCUGCUUAACAUGGUUAUGCUCUUUGUAAUAUAUGUGAAUGUAUGUUGGAAAUCAUUUACAAUUUCAUUUUUUUAAAUGAACUGAAGCAGACAAAGUGAGAAUAUAUAUUUUUUUUUAUAAAUUCCUGUGUAUCAUAAUCUGCUCUGGUUGUUAAUCCUUUUCUAAUAAAAGAAAACAAGUCUUAUCUGAGAGAGAGAGAGAGAGAGAGAGAGAGAGAGAGAGAGAGAGAGAGAGAAAGAAAGAUUCUCAGAGGACUUAAAAUUAAACUGAUGUAAAGAUGUACUUUAAUAUUUCAAUAUUAUCGGUUUUAAAAACAUGAAAAUGAAGAGAUAUUUCCAUUUGGUUGGGGACCUCUCCUCAGCUAAAUUCUGGUACUGGUUUUUCACUGUAUAAAAUGUAAUGAAAUAUUAUUAUAGUAAAAUAUUAAUAUUU